UCCAGUCCGCAGCGUCUCUCUGCGUCACCGUGUGGCGGGACGACAGCAGAACCGUCGGUGGUUUGAGUCUCGGUUUGUCCGUUACUAGUUUUUUUUGUUGUUGUUGAGGAUAUUAUUUUUGGUGUAGAGAUGAGUUCCAACAGGAAGUGUUGCCUGUUCUUCCUGCUGGUCAGAAGUAUCCUGUCGGACACCAGUCAUACCAAUCAAGUGGUUCUGUUGGACACUACAGCUGUUCUGGGUGAGUUGGACUGGAGGACCUACCCAGUGAAUGGGUGGGAUGCGAUAACAGAGAUGGAUGAACAGAACCGACCUAUCCAUACCUUCCAGGUGUGUCAUGUGAUGGAGCCCAACCAGAACAACUGGCUACAGUCCAAUUGGAUCCAGCGCCAGGAAGCACAGAAGGUGUACGUGGAGCUGCGCUUCACCCUGAGAGACUGUAACUCCAUCCCUUGGGUGUCUGGUACCUGCAAGGAGACCUUUAACCUCUUCUACCUCCAGACAGAAGAGCCGCACGCCGCCGCCACCCGCUUCAGACCCGCCGACUACGCCAAGGUGGACACCAUUGCUGCCGAUGAGAGCUUCACACAGACGGACCUGGGCGACCGCGUUCUGCGCCUCAACACGGAGGUCAGAGAGGUCGGCCCCGUGACCCAGAAGGGCUUCUACCUGGCGUUCCAGGAUGUGGGGGCGUGUAUCGCUCUGGUCUCCGUCAAGGUGUUCUACAAGCGCUGUCCAUCCACUCUGAGGAACCUGGCAACGUUCCCAGACACGGUACCAAGGGUCGACUCCUCCUCGCUGGUGGAGGUGCGGGGAGCGUGCGUGGAGAACGCAGAGGAGAGGGAUACGCCCAAACUGUACUGUGGGGCGGACGGGGACUGGCUGGUUCCUCUGGGGCGAUGCGUCUGUAGUCUGGGACAUGAGGAGAUUGACGGAUUCUGCCAGGCGUGUAGACCAGGGUCCUACAAGGCUUUGUCAGGGAUUAUCAAGUGUUCCAAGUGUCCUCCCCACAGUUCCAGCCAUGACCAGGCAGCCACGCUCUGCCACUGUGACAAAGGCUUCUACCGGGCAGCCAAGGACCCCUCCACCAUGGCUUGCACACGCGCUCCAUCGGCCCCUAGGAACCUGAUCUCUCUCAUUAACGAGACGGCUCUGUUCCUCACCUGGUCUCCGCCUAGCGACAGCGGUGGCAGGAAGGACCUGACUUAUAACAUCAUGUGCCAGCGCUGUGGCGCCUCCGGUGGCGAGGAGGACUGUGAGCCGUGUGAGACCGACCUGCGCUUCGUACCACGCCUCCUGGGCCUCACCGGGACCUCGGUGGCUAUUCUGGACUUUGCCACACACGCCAACUACACCUUCCACGUAGAGACGGUGAAUGGAGUGUCUGGACUGGGAGGAAACACCAGACCCCUGGCGAACAUCACUGUUACUACUGACCAGACUGGUCCUUCUCUGGUUGGCGUGGUGAGGAAGGACUGGGCGUCUGACAACAGUAUCGCCCUCUCCUGGACGGAGGUGGAACAGCAGCCUAAUGUCAUACUGGACUAUGAGAUCAAGUACUACGAUAAGGAACACGACCAGUCGGGCUACUCAUCGACCCGGACCAAGGCCCUGGGCGUCGUGGUGACCGGCCUCAAGCCCUCCACCGUGUACGUGUUCCACGUGCGCGCUCGCACCGCCGCCGGCUUCACCGCUUACAGCAACACGGUUCACUUCUCCACCGGGGACGAGUACUCAGGCAUGGCGGCUGACCAGGGGCAGGUGCUCGUGGUUGUCACGGCAGCCGUGGGCGGGUUCUCCCUGCUCAUCAUCCUCACCCUCUUCUUCCUCAUCACCGGACGGUGUCAGGUGUUCAUCAAGGCGAAGAUGCAGUCAGACGAUAAGAGGCGGGCUGACUUUCAGAACGUGCUUCCUUUGCCUGGUAUCAAGACGUAUGUGGAUCCUGACACAUACGAAGACCCAACGCAGGCUGUCCACGAGUUCACCAAGGAGAUAGAUCCUUCUAGAAUACGCAUCGAGAGGGUGGUAGGAGCAGGUGAGUUCGGGGAGGUGUGCAGCGGGUGUCUGCGUACCCCAGGUCAGAAGGAGAUCCCGGUGGCCAUUAAGACCCUGAAGGGAGGCUACGUGGAGCCCCAGAGAAGAGACUUCCUCAGAGAGGCCUCCAUCAUGGGACAGUUCAACAAUCCCAACAUCAUACGGCUGGAAGGAGUGGUCACCAAGAGCAGACCUGUGAUGAUCGUGGUGGAAUACAUGGAGAACGGAUCCCUGGACUCUUUUCUGAGGCAGCAUGAUGGCCACUUCACAGUGGUCCAGCUGGUGGGGAUGCUGCAUGGCGUGGCGUCAGGGAUGACCUACCUGUCUGACUUGGGCUACGUGCACCGUGACCUGGCCGCUCGCAACAUCCUGGUAGAUGAGGGUCUGGUGUGUAAGGUGUCUGACUUCGGCCUGUCCAGAGUCCUAGAGGACCACCCUGAGCCUGCAUAUAACACCAUGGGGGAUAAGAUCCCGGUCCGUUGGACAGCUCCCGAGGCCAUCACCUACAGGAAGUUCUCUUCAGCCUCCGACGUCUGGAGCUACGGCAUCGUCAUGUGGGAAGUGAUGUCGUACGGGGAGAGACCUUACUGGGAGAUGUCCAAUCAGGAUGUGAUCCUGUCUAUAGAGGAGGGUUACCGUCUUCCUGUCCCCAUGGACUGUCCUGUGGUUCUGCACCAGUUGAUGCUCCACUGCUGGCAGAAGGAGAGAGGGCAGAGACCUCACUUCAACAGCCUGGUCUCCUUCCUGGAUAAGCUCAUCAGGAACCCCACUAGUCUACUGACACUGGUGGACAACAGUUUUCCAGAAUCACUGGAGGACGUGCCGGACUACCCUCUGUUCAUCUCCAUCGGCGAUUGGCUGGACUCCAUCAAGAUGAGCCAAUACAAGAAGCAGUUCCUGGCAGCAGGGUUCACCACCCUGGACUCUGUCUCCACCAUGAGUAUAGAGGACAUCAGGCGUAUCGGUGUGUCUCUGAUUGGCCACCAGAGGAGGAUAGUGAGCAGCAUUCAGAGUCUCCGUCUACAGUUCCUCACCGUCCAACACAACGGCUUCCACAUCUAAACCAACCCCCAAAACGCUAGGACUGCACAGACAGGCCUGGGUGUGUUCAUUCGGCACCGAACGGAAAAGAAAACAAACUGAAACAGAGAGCGAUUAGCUGAACUCGUCCAAUUAGAAACGCUUGUUUCUAAAAUUCUAGAUGUUCUCUCGGCGGACUGGUGAACUGUUCCCCGUGUGGACUACAGUGGUUUACCAAGGAGGCUUCUGUCCCUGAUCCAGAAGACUUGAGAUGGAGGUCGUUUCAGCCCACGUCCUGAACAGCACCCUUUUCCCUUCAUGGUGCACUGUUUAGGACAGACACGUGCAGUACGAAGCACAUGGAGAGGCAAGUGCACUGAUGGGUCUUCCUCUAAUCAGGUGGACGGAGACGGGCUGAAACAGGACACUCCGUUUAGAGACCACUACUUUUGACAAACAAAAUGGGAUGAUUAAAUGUGUCUUAUUUAUUACAGAUGUUUUGUUUCCUUGUUCAUUUAUCAAGCAGCAGAUUGUGACCAAUAGGAAUAGAAAGGACAAUGUGGAGGAGAUUCUGACCAAUAGGAAGAGAAAGGACAAUGUGGAGGAGAUUCUGACCAAUAGGAAGAGAAAGGACAAUGUGGAGGAGAUUCUGACCAAUAGGAAGAGAAAGGACAAUGUGGAGGAGAUUUUGACCAAUAGGAAGAGAAAGGACAAUGUGGAGGAGAUUCUGACCAAUAGGAAGAGAAAGGACAAUGUGGAGGAGAUUCUGACCAAUAGGAAGAGAAAGGACAAUGUGGAGGAGAUUUUGACCAAUAGGAAGAGAAAGGACAAUGUGGAGGAGAUUCUGACCAAUAGGAAGAGAAAGAACAAUGUGAAGGAGAUUCUGAACCAACUGGAAGAGAAAGGACAAUGUGGAGGAGAUUUUGACCAAUAGGAAGAGAAAGGACAAUGUGGAGGAGAUUCUGACCAAUAGGAAGAGAAAGGACAAUGCAGAGGAGAUUCUGGCCAAUAGGAAGAGAAAGGACAAUGUGGAGGAGAUUUUGGAGCAAAGAGAAGACAAAUGAAUGUCAUCUGAUUUUACAAAUGUAUAAUCCAUCAUCAACCAGAAUAUGUGAAAUAUUUGUGGAAAAGUCAUGUUCUGUGAAAAAGCCUUGUUCAGUUUGAUAAGACAUCCUAGUUCAGUUUGAUUAGACAUCCUAGUUCAGUUUGAUUAGACAUCCUUGUUCAGUU